AUGGAAUCCCUCGGAACCUUUGGCGAGGUUGACUGCGGCGUACCCAUCCGGGACUUCUUCUCGCAGUUUGACAAGAACAGCAAGGAGGAUGACGCGGGCGGUGUCCCGUCCAAGGCGAAGCAGAAGAAGCUCGCGCGAGAGUCCGCCGCUCUUUCAGAGAAUCAGCUCCCGUGCGAGGCUGGGUCCUCGAUCUUUCUCAGGCACGAUCCCGACAGGUUUGAUCGCAUGCGCGCGGUCAUCACCGGGCCGGGAGGGACGCCGUACAGCGGCGGUUGUUUCGUGUUUGACGUUUACUUUCCGGCGGGCUACCCCGAGAAGCCUCCGAUGGUGAACCUCGACACGACGGGAGGCGGUCGUGUUCGUUUCAAUCCCAACCUGUACGCUGACGGAAAGGUGUGCCUGUCGUUAUUGGGUACGUGGCAUGGCGGCGGGAUGGAAGAGAAGUGGGAUGCAAAGAAGAGCAGCCUGUAUCAGGUUUUGGUAUCGAUCCAGGGUUUAAUCUUGGUCGACGAUCCUAUGUUCAACGAACCGGGUUUCGACGGCAUACGUGGGACGACAGAGGGCGACAUGAAGUCACGGGAGCACAACGAGGAGAUCAGGCUUUACACUGUCAGGCAUGCAAUGAUCGCGCACCUUAAGAAGCCGAGGGCCGGGGUUGAGAAGGUUUUGACGGAACACUUCAGGCUCAGGAAGUGGACAGUGAUGAGGGAAGUGCUGUCGUGGUGCAAGGAGGCGGGGGAUCCGACGGUGCAGAAGAGGAUGUGGGGUGCUGCGAGGGAGUUGUCGCAGCUGUUGGCGGCCCUUUGA